AAAUGGCGGAGUCAAAGCCUGGAUUGAGAAAACCAGUGUUUACGAAGGUUGAUCAGCUUCGACCUGGCACCAAUGGGCAUACCCUCACAGUGAAGGUGGUCGACUCAAAGAUGGUUUUGCAGAAGGGGCGCCCUGAUGGGCCUCAAGUUCGGCAGAUGCGUAUUGCUGAAUGUUUGGUCGGGGAUGAAACCGGAAUGAUAGUUUUCACAGCCAGGAAUGAACAAGUGGACUUGAUGAAGCCAGGGACAACUGUAAUACUUCGAAAUGCUAAGAUUGACAUGUUUAAGGGAUCCAUGAGGCUUGCCGUGGACAAAUGGGGCCGUGUUGAAGUCACUGAUCCAGCUGAUUUCACUGUUAAGGAGGAUAAUAACCUUUCUUUGGUGGAAUAUGAGCUAGUGAACGUCGUUGAAGAGUGACCAAGUGCUACAGUAUACUGAAGCAACAAACAGUUGCGGCUUGAUGUGGUAUUGUUUGUUUUUGGAGGUUGGCAAGUGAUAUUUCUGUUUCUCUAAAGCAGCUUUGACUCAUGCAGCUGCUCAGACCAACUCUUUUUAGGACAAAAUGCGGGUACAAUCAGAAAGAAGCUACCAGCAGGAAUCAGUCAGCCAUUGCUACACAGUACAGCUUGUUGAAGCCUCUGGUCAGCAAGAUGGUAGUGAUUGCACCUCUUAAGUACAUUAUGUAGAAGUAGAACUUUGUUUGGGCUGUUUAAAGUCUCUAGUAUGAUGUUUUUGGAUGUUUAAUUAAGUACUAAGAAUGUCUAUCUGGUUUUUGCUUCUGAGUUAUUGAACAUAAUAAUAUGUCAAGAAAGUUCUCUUUUCUAUUUACAC